GCUGCAGCCGCCUCCUGCGGCUUCGCCUGCGCCGGGCGCGGAGCAGCGGCGGGGAGCGCGGGCGGACCCCCCCCCCCCCCCCGCAGCCCCCCGGCCGCCACCAUGGUGCAGAAAUCCCGCAACGGAGGCGUUUACCCGGGGCCGGCCGCUGAGAAGAAGCUCAAGGUGGGCUUCGUAGGGCUGGACCCGGGCGCUCCGGACUCCAGCCGGGACGGAGCGCUGCUCAUCGCCGGCUCCGAGAGCAGCAAGCGGGGCAGCAUUCUCAGCAAGCCCCGCUCCGGGGUGUCGGGCAGCGGGAAGCCCCCGAAAAGGAAUGCCUUUUACCGCAAGCUGCAGAAUUUCCUCUACAAUGUGCUGGAGAGACCGCGGGGCUGGGCUUUCAUUUACCACGCAUACGUUUUUCUACUAGUGUUCUCCUGCCUGGUGCUGUCAGUCUUUUCGACCAUUGAUGAGUACCAGAACAGCUCAGAAGGGGCCCUUUACAUCCUGGAAAUUGUCACCAUUGUGGUGUUCGGGGUGGAAUACUUCGUGAGGAUCUGGGCCGCCGGCUGCUGCUGCCGAUACCGGGGCUGGAGGGGAAGGUUAAAGUUUGCCCGCAAGCCUUUCUGUGUCAUCGACAUCAUGGUGCUGAUCGCAUCCAUCGCCGUGCUGGCGGCAGGGUCCCAGGGGAACGUCUUUGCCACCUCAGCACUCAGGAGUUUGAGGUUCCUGCAGAUCCUGCGCAUGAUCCGCAUGGACCGCAGGGGCGGCACAUGGAAGCUCCUGGGCUCUGUGGUCUACGCGCACAGCAAGGAGCUGAUUACUGCCUGGUAUAUUGGCUUCCUGUGCCUCAUUCUGGCCUCUUUCCUGGUAUAUUUGGCCGAGAAAGGAGAAAAUGAGCACUUUGAUACAUACGCAGAUGCACUCUGGUGGGGUCUGAUCACUCUCACCACCAUCGGCUAUGGGGACAAGUACCCGCAGACCUGGAAUGGGCGGCUGCUGGCGGCUACGUUCACCCUCAUUGGCGUCUCCUUCUUCGCCCUUCCUGCUGGCAUCUUGGGUUCAGGGUUUGCUCUGAAGGUUCAAGAGCAGCAUCGGCAAAAACACUUUGAGAAGAGGCGAAACCCAGCAGCGGGCCUGAUUCAGGCGGCUUGGAGAUUUUAUGCCACCAACCUGUCCCGGACGGACCUGCACUCCACUUGGCAGUACUACGAACGCACCGUCACCGUCCCCAUGUACAGCACGCAAACGCAAACGUACGGUGCCUCCAGACUAAUCCCUCCUCUGAACCAGCUGGAGCUCCUGAGGAACCUGAAGAGCAAAUCGGGACUGACAUUCAGGAAAGAGCAGCAGCCUGAACCAUCGCCAAGUAAAAGCAAACCGUGCAGAGAGUCACUAUGCGGAUGCUGCUCAGGAAACUCUAGUCAGAAGGUCAGUUUGAAAGAUCGUGUCUUCUCCAGUCCCCGCGGUGCUGGCACCAAAGGGAAAGGCUCUCCACAGGCUCAGGGCAUGAGGAGGUCCCCCAGCGCUGACCAGAGCAUCGAGGACAGCCCAAGCAAAGUGCCCAAGAGCUGGAGCUUCGGAGACCGCAGCCGAGCCCGGCAAGCAUUCCGCAUCAAGGGAGCGGCGUCACGGCAGAACUCGGAAGAAGCAAGCCUCCCAGGAGAAGACAUUCCUGAUGAGAACAAAAGCUGCAACUGCGAGUUUGUGACGGAAGAUUUGACGCCAGGGCUGAAAGUCAGCAUCAGGGCAGUGUGCAUUAUGAGAUUUCUGGUCUCCAAGCGCAAGUUUAAGGAGAGCCUUCGGCCCUACGAUGUGAUGGACGUCAUUGAGCAGUACUCAGCUGGACACCUGGACAUGCUCUCCCGGAUUAAAAACCUUCAGGCCAGGAUAGAUAUGAUUGUGGGUCCCCCACCCCCUUCAACUCCCCGGCAUAAGAAGUAUCCAACCAAAGGACCCAUGUAUUCUUCCAAAGAAUCUCCCCAAUACUCGCCUAGAGUUGACCAGAUCGUUGGGAGAGGAUCCUCCAUGACUGACAAGGAUCGGACCAAGGGGCCAGCGGAAGGGGAGCUGCCUGAAGACCCCAGCAUGAUGGGCAGGCUUGGGAAAGUGGAAAAACAGGUUCAGUCAAUGGAGAAGAAGCUGGAUUUCCUGGUGAACAUUUACAUGCAGCGGAUGGGCAUCCCACCAACGGAGACGGAGGCUUAUUUUGGGUCCAAAGAACCAGACCCAGCGCCUCCCUACCACAGCCCCGAAGGCAGCAGGGAGCACAUUGACAAGAACGGCUGCAUCAUCAAGAUCAUCAGGUCCACCAGCUCCAUGGGUCAGAAGAACUUCUCUGCCCCACCAGUCCCGACCAACACAUGCCCGCCCUCGACAUCAUGCCAGCGGCAGAGCCACGGCUCCUCUCCCGUCGGAGACCCCGGCUCGCUGGUCCGCAUCCCACCUCCGCCUUCCCAUGAGCGCUCCUUGUCAGCCUACAGCAGCGGGCACAGGGCGAGCGCGGAGUACCUGAGGAACGAAGACAUUACAACCAAACACCAUGAGAGUGCCAUGAGAGACAGCGACACGUCCAUCUCCAUCCCCUCAGUAGACCACGAGGAACUGGAGCGCUCUUUCAGCGGCUUUAGCAUCUCCCAGUCCAAAGAGAAUUUGGACAUCCUUAACAACGGUUGCUAUGCAGCCGUGGCCAAAAUCAGACCCUACAUUGCAGAAGGGGAGUCAGACACCGAUUCUGACCUCUGCACGCCCUGCGGGCCUCCUCCCAGGUCGGCCACGGGUGAGGGACCCUUUAGUGACAUGGGUUGGUCAGCCUCCAGGCAGUGAAGCCUUCUUGCCACUGAGCCACAUUCGAGCGCUGGCAGCUGCCCAUGCAUCGAACUUCUCAAGGAGAUCGACAGCUAAGGUUUUCCUCCUUCUAGGACAUCCUUAGCUGGCAGAUACUUUCUUACUCUGGGGUGGGGGAAUGAGCGGGUCGGAGCCUGCCUUUGUGGAAGAGGUCACAAUGGUGAGCGAACUGGAGCCAUGAAGUCCAGGUUUCUUUCAUACUCUCUUUCUAAGAUCACUGGGUGAGAUUAUUUCAUGGUGCAAGGUAGGCAACUUGCAUUUCUUGGGAGCCUUCAGAAACACGGGGCAGGAAUAAACCACCCAGCCAGGGCUUUUGGAGGUCACAGUUACAAGUGGGAGGUGGGAAUUGCCAUGUCGUGGCACUGGUGAUUCCACCUUUAGGGAUUUUGGAGUUGCGGAAUGAGCGCGUGUCUGUUCCUGGCUUAGAUUUCAGGUCAUGGGUAAUUAAAGGGGGGUUGUUACUCUGUGGUUCCUCAUUAACUGUCAGGUAGGUGGCAUAAUUCCAGUAUAAUACAUGGAAGUGUUGCGUAGGCCCCUGGAGGAGAGGGAUGGUGGUUGGAAUAUUUGCACGAGCAGAAGACAUGGCCUUAAAGUGGGACAGGUUAGAAUACUGCUCUAAACCAGAAUGGAUUGGAAAUUAUCCUACCUUAGAACACUGAAAGGAGAGACACAACCCAGAGGACAGAGAAAUGAGGCAGAUGAGGAACAGAGACUGUGGGGCUGGAAUUUUAUAUUUUAAACCAUGUAUUAUAUUUAAUUAUCUCUCCUCCCAUUGACAACGGACCUAGAGGUGCUUUGGAAGCAAAGGCAAACCAAAGGCAACCCCUUGUCAUGGCAGGGCUGCCAUGGUGUGAAGCCAUUCUCAUGGCCAGCCAGUGCUAUUGUGGAGGCACCAGAGCCACCAGGCCAAUGGGAGAGGGUGCAUAUGCAAGAUGCAGUGGUCCUUGCGUUGCUGUGAGUUAAGUGCUGAGCUCCAUCCUUUUGAAGCCCUGUUGGUCAGAGGGGGGCACUUUUCCUACAGUUUGCAUUGUGCCUGAACACUUUUGCACACACUAUGGCCCGUGAAAACCUUCCCUUUCUUCUGCCCUGCCAAGAAUCCCACACCCAUGUUGUCAGGACAUCCUUUGGUUUUGUUUGGACCCCUCGAGCUGAGUUAAGAGGUGCUUCUUUGUUUCUUCAUGGUCUUUCAGAAGCCUCUUACCUGUGCUUGCCCACAACUUGUGCCAAUCCAAGUCUGCCCCGUUUCGUUGUGGUUAAAGUAGUUUCUCUUUGAGAGGUUGUUAUAUCAUUACCAAGAACCCCAGCAGUGCAUUCAGCUGGGGGAAGGUGAGGGGAAAAGUGAUGCUCGGAGUUUCUUUUGGGACCAAAAUGAUGUCACUUUACAUGGGUAGGUGGAAAGGGGUUUUUUUGCAAGGGGGUUAAUUAGGAAAAGUUGGGUUUGGGAUCCAUCUCCAGGGCUGGUACACCAUAGCUGGAAUUGUGCUCUGAAUCCUCCCAUGCAUCUAUGGCCCAAAUCCCAUAUGGGUUUUCUGCUGGUGCUGUGUUUGUGGUUUCAAACUCCAUCUCCACGUUUUCUCUGUUAUAACAAGAGCCUGUUAAGGAUAUUUAUGUGGCAGCUUCAUUUCUGUGUGGCCUUUGAGAGGGUGAACAUUGGCUUGCUUGGGGUGAAGGGAGAAUCACAGCCCUUUUGUCUCCUGUUUGCUUGUUUAGAGGCAGCAACCAGGGGAGACUCAGGACUAUUUGGGCCUUAGAGAAGAUGUGUGUGCAGACAGGAAAUAAACCCAUCCUUUUGCUAGUGCUCAGGACCAAUAUGCAGGUCUUCAUAUAGGAUUGAGGUGUGGGGAAAGGCUCUACACAUUUUUUCUGCCAUUUUUCACCAUUUAGGAGGGGAGAACAUUUUCCUCAGAGGGAACCCAGGCUUCCAGCCAUGCUCAUUCCAUUCUUUCCCAUUUGAUCCAUUUUGUCUCCUGCAGUUUUCCCCUCUUUGCUUUGCUCCCAAACUCCUUUUGCCUCCAGAUUUCUUUGUGCAAAGCAAACCCAGUGAUGCCCUUGAAUCCCAUACAGAGAAAUCUUUGAGUGCAAAAAGGCUGUAAAUUGUGCAGGUUUGCCCUUGGCAUGUUGCUAAAUGAGAUGUCUUUUGUUAAGAGCAAGAAGUGUCAGCAGGUCCCUGAUCAGACUUGGGGACAUGGUUUUUGUAGUGGCCACAGAAUGGAAAUCAUGUUGGGUAAGGCAAAAGUCAAUGUUGCUCCAGCCAUCUGCUCCCUGCAACUCUUGUCCAAGUCAGAGAUAACACUGAUUUAUUACCUUAUUUGUUUGCAGUUGCACUUGGAGGGAGGCCUGCUGGAAAUCUGGCACAAAAGGGUAUGAUAUAAAGGCAGAACAUAGGUGAGGGUGAGGUCAUGCAGUAUUGAAGAUGAGGUCUUCACUAUGGGAGGCA